AAAUAAGACCAUACCAUAUAACAAAUAUAAAUUAUAUAAUUGACAUGGCUGAUUUAUAAUACUUCAUGUACUGGUUUUUUUGAAACAAAGAUAUCUCUCCUCUCUCCUCUCCCCUCUCCCUCUUUCUCUCCAUGUGUUUGUUUCUAUAUAUCUAUUCAAAAUGAAAAAAGAAGUAAUAUUAUGCAGUGUUGACCAUUGUUUCUCAAACUAAGUUCCCACUAGAUCAGGGUAUAUGUUUAAUAUACUUGUGCCUGAAGGUUCUCUUUCUCUCAGUUUGUGUGCUAUAUGUCAGAAAACUGAACCACAAUGCUCCCAAGAGACUUAAAAAAGAAUUAGGUUUCAUCAAAGUGCUGAAAGGGUUUAGAGAAAUACACAUUAGGAGGCAGUAACUUAGUAGUUUAAGUUUUUUGAAUUGGUUUUUUCUGCUAUGUAUUGGAUUUGUUGAGGGAUUCUACUAAGUUUCCAUUGACAAAAGUUCAGAAUAAACUACCUUGUUGGGUUGUUGAUCCUUCCCAGUAAAGGACAACACUAAUGCUUCCAAAGAUAAUACUAGUUCUCAGAAGAAACAACCACACGGAACACGAUCCUCAAACAUGGCUUCUUCUUUUGCUAGAGCUUCAUCUCAGCAAACUUCUCUCUCUGUCAUUGCCUCAAUUCUUUCAUUUUUACUGCUGGCUUUCUUCUUGACUCAUGCCGUCUCAGAUUCCAGUCAUCAGCUACGGUCUAACCAAACUUUCAGGGCACAGCAGGAGUUGCUGAGGAUCAAGAGAGUAAGGUCUUACCUGAGGAAGACCAACAAGCCUGCAGUCAAGUCAAUUCAGAGUCCAGAUGGUGAUAUCUUCGAUUGUGUGCCAUCUCAUCUUCAACCAGCCUUUGAUCAUCCCCAGCUCAGAGGGCAGAAGCCACUGGAACCACCAGAGAGGCCAAGAGGUCACGAGUCAAUAGAUGUUACGACUGAGAGUAUUCAGCUUUGGACAAAUACUACUGAAUCAUGCCCAGUAGGUACCAUCCCAAUAAGAAGAACUACAGAGGAAGAUGUUUUACGGGCAAACUCAAUCAAGAAAUUUGGAAGAAAAAUUAAGCGUCGUGAUACAAUGAGCGAUGAACAUGAGCAUGCAGUUGCUUUUGUCAAUGGCGAUCAAUAUUAUGGAGCAAAAGCUAAUAUUAACGUCUGGUCACCCCAAGUUUCAGAUCAGAAUGAGUUUAGUCUAUCACAAGUAUGGAUCAUCUCUGGCUCUUUCAGAAAUGAUCUUAAUACCAUUGAAGCUGGUUGGCAGGUUAAUCCGGAGUUAUAUGGAGAUAGCUGUCCGAGGUUCUUCACUUACUGGACAAAUGACGCAUACAAGACCACAGGAUGCUAUAACUUACUUUGUUCAGGAUUUGUGCAAACCAACAACAAAAUUGCUAUUGGAGCAGCAAUCUCUCCUAUGUCAUCUUACCAGAAGAGACAAUUUGAUAUAGGCAUAAUGAUCUGGAAGGAUCCCAAGCAUGGGAACUGGUGGCUUCAAUUCGGUACAGGCCUAAUCAUAGGAUACUGGCCCUCGUUUCUCUUCACUCAUCUAAGGAGUCACGCAAGCAUGGUACAAUUCGGAGGAGAAAUAGUCAAUUCAAAAUCAGGAUUUCACACAUCAACACAAAUGGGAAGUGGUCGAUUUGCAGAUGAAGGAUUUAGAAAAGCUUCUUACUUCCGAAACAUGCAAGUUGUUGAUUGGGAUAAUAACUUGCUGCCACUAACAAAUCUUCAUCUCUUGGCUGACCAUCCAAAUUGUUACGAUAUUAAAGCUGGCAAAAAUUAUCUUUGGGGAAAUUAUAUGUAUUAUGGAGGUCCUGGAAGGAACCAAAGGUGUUCAUAAAGAAAAUUUUCACAAGUAUAGAGUGUAAUAUAUAUUCAUUGUUUCCAUCCAUUUUUUUCCUCCAUAUUCUAUUAAGCUUAAAAAGGAUAGGGCUCCUCUGUUAGAUUAUAACUGGGAGAGAGUCCCUUUCUUUUUUAGCAGGCUUACAUUUUAGGUCUUACCUUAGUAACUUGUGUAAUAUGCAGACAUCAGGAUUUAAUUGUAUAUCUGUGUGUACUUCUAGGACCUAUUAAUCAAUUUGAAAUUUUAAUUAUUUGUA